AAACUGACUAAACUAACUGAUUGUUUUAAGUGAAUUUUUCUUUGAUAAUUGAGUUCAAUCAGCUUCAAUCAAGAUUCCUCGUUCUUUUUGAUGAAGCUUUGCUAGCAACAAAGGCUUCAUUUAGAUAUGAUGCCAAGGAACCUCAAYUUCACAGUCGGUGAUUGAAUUCCAUUGUUAACAAGAUUGGUAUCAUGGUUAUGCAAUAUUUAUUAAAACUCGAAGAUAAAGUAAAUCUCUGAGCAUCAGCUUGUAUCCCUGAACRUAACUCAUGCCAAUUUCUUGAACAAAAUUUCGGUUGAUGACAUUUGCUGGGCAAUAAUUUACAAGAAUAACAGYUUUGUGGUCUGUAUUUUAGCGUCGUUAGUGUCCACAGGUUACUACAAACAUAAGUGCCUUUUGUGUAAAGGAUAAAAGACGAAUAAUGGUCGCUUUACACGUGGUCAAUUAUAGCGUUUACAGUCGAUGGAGUUUCUAGCUAUUCAGUCCCUCCAGGACAUUAGGACUGCAGCGUCUUAAUACAAGAAGUUUAAUGGCUAACUGUACCCAAAGAAAUUAUUUCAAACUUUAAUCUAUUUUUUGUGAUAAAAAGUGAAAUUUCAUUCAAAGGAUCAGACAGUCGACACGCCUUAUCAGUGUGAAACAAAAGCCUAAACUCACGGAAGCGUUUAAUCCUAAUAAAAACUAAAUAUAAUUUAGUCAAAUAAUAUACAUUCUCGGUUAAAAAAUUCCAUUUGAAGGGGAGGGGCUGGUAAAGUAUUUUUUAAUGUAUCAUACGUAAUAUGCGUGUUAAUAACUCAUAGGCUAAUUACUAUUACCGUAUACUCAAAGCUGAGCUAACACAACUGAAAAAAAAUCAAUUUAUCAGCGUCGUAUAUGUAUCGUMGGCUCAAUCGGUAAUGCGUAUAGAAACCAUGGCUGUUCUCUUUCUUUUUGUGGCAGCUUUCUUGCGCUCGAUUUGCGCAGACAAUCUCUUUCUCAACGCACCAUCCAAUGAACAACAGCGUGUUCUCGUGUUUGGUGGAAAUGGUUUUAUAGGCAGCGAAAUCGUAAGCAGCUUGAUUGAAAAAGACCUWUAUCAAAUCACCUUGGUCAAUCGCGGUAAUUGGUAUUUCGAUUCCAAGGAACGCAUUGCACCCUACGUCCAUAAACAUAUAAUAUGCGAUAGAGACAAAGCCUUCAAACUGGAAUGCCCUGAUAUACUAACAUCRGGWUACUAUGACCUCGUCGUUGACUUGAGCUCUUAUACUGCUAAGCAGAUCCAGCAAGUUGUCGACAUUUURAAGAAUCGAGUAGGGCUUUAUAUCUUCAUCAGCUCUGAUUCAAUUUAUGAAGUGUGUCAAAAAGACCACGUUGCUCCAACCAAGGAGGAAGAUGCGGUUAGACCUAAAAGUUCCAAAAAGCGUAUGCAAUUCCGGAAAACGGAAACAUAUGGCCACGAAAAACUGGCUUGUGAAGAAGUUCUCAGAAAACAAAGAAAAGCUGGAGGAUUUCCAUUCGUUGCUCUAAGAUUACCAGAUGUCAUUGGACCACGAGAUGGUUCUUUUCGAUUCUGGACGUAUCAGCUUUGGAUCAAGACUCACGAUACUAUUGACGAAAAGGUGCCCCUUCCACUGGGUGUGUCAGACACCAAAUUCAGUCUAGUGCACGUCGAAGAUGUUGCAAAAGUCGUGUUGCGUGUUUUAGAGGUUGGCCACAAGGCCUACGACCAAGCACUUAACGUAGCUUUUGAUAAACACUUCAAUUUGAAGUCUCUUUURUCUGAGAUCGGGAGACAGCUGGGAAUCGAUAAMAUAAMUUUUCUCACUAAUGAAGAACAAGCGUGGUACACAUACCCAACAGUCACCAAAGGACCUUUGGAUAUUAACCGUGYRAARAUGCUUCUCGAUUGGGAUCCAAUGCCUUGGGACAGAGCCUUGGUUUCCUUAACAUCACACUUUGAUGACGCAAUGACAGACAAAAGUUURGCGUCCGAAAAAGAAAUGGUGAUAGCUGACGUCAUUGAUAACUUGGUUCCCGAAGAGAAAUACGUCAGUUAUCUUGAAGGGUUAAAAAAUGUCUAUGGAAAGGAGGUGUUUGAUGGUCUUGAUCUCGAUAUAGGCUUUGCAAGGGAUGCUAUGGAAAUAGAGAAUAAGAAUAAAACCAUUCAAAAACACACUGGGARUGAUUCUAAUGAAGUGUUURAGAGCAACGGAGAUAGUGGACAACGCGAAGAAGAGACAAAUAAGCUAAAAGAAGAAGAUUCACACAUAGAAGCAGCUGAUCAAMUAAAUAAGGAUGAACUUUAGUUAGUAUCGUAUAACAGUAAACUCUAGUUACCUAAGAGUAAAUUAUUUAAUAUUUUAUGUGAUUCCAGCUGGUUUUUGUGUAAACUUUAUAAUCACUUUUUAAAAGACGGCCGACCACCCGUCCAGGUCAAUCAUAUUGAGUAUAGAAACAAAAUUCAGGUUAUUUCCUAUUUUACAAGAACUGCAUCAAAAUUAUUUAUUACAUUUUAUCACAACCAUAGUUAGUAACUAUACAAUUUGACCGAGAGCAUCAGUUAAUCGAAAGUAUUAAAAAAAGUCUUUUUUUGGUUCUCUCACAACUGAAAUCGCGCGGUCGGUUUAGUCGUCGAGGCGCUGUGAUUAAUUCAGUCACAAGACUUCGUCGACAUUCUAGCUCGUCUCCGUUAUCAUAAGUUGUUGUUUCAGGAGUUAUUGAUAUGCAUUAA